AUGUCAAAAACUGUUAUAUACAUUGACUCCCAAAAUAACAUUUACAUUACAGAACAUGAAGGGUGUUUAUCAAAUCCCUGUUUCAAUGGUGCUCAAUGUCUGCAGGAUAUAGACGGUUACCGGUGUCAGUGCAAUGAUGGGUUCACAGGGCUUAGGUGCAAAACAGAUAUAGACGAUUGUGCGUCAAAGCCAUGUCUUAAUGGCGGCAAGUGUGUGGACGAAACUAAUACAUAUCGGUGCAUUUGUGGCAAUGGUUAUAAAGGAGUGAGGUGUCAAGACGGUAAUAAAAAUUACAAUGACCUUGUUUCAAAUACCUUUAUCAAGCUGUGUCACCAUGUCGGCAGUAUUCAAGAUAAGAAAACAGGUUUCCCAGAACCCGUGAUUAUAGCAACUUUUCAUUAUAAUCCCGGAUCAGAUACACAAGUAGUGAAUACUGAAAUAGAUAUCGAUAUAUGUGCACCAAACCCUUGUCGGCACGGAUCAAAAUGCGUUCCGGCUGGUAUCGGCAAGUACACAUGUAAAUGCAAAGCAGGAUAUAAUGGAAAUAAAUGCGAAAACAAUAUAGAUGAGUGUAUCUCUGAACCCUGUCAGAAUCGAGGUACGUGUAUAGACGGUGUAAAUCGGUUUACAUGUAGCUGUAGAGAUGGAUUUACCGGAAAAUAUUGCCAAACGGAUAUAGAUGAAUGCGCCUCCAAUCCUUGUUCAAAGAACGCAGUUUGUGUGCAAGGAAGAAAUAAGUACACAUGCAGGUGUAAGAGAGGAUACAGCGGUGAAAACUGUCAAAUUGACGAAUGUGCGUCCCAUCCGUGUAAGAAUGGUGCCACUUGCAAACAAGGAAUCAAUACCUACAAAUGUUAUUGCAAAAAACGGUUCACUGGAACAAAUUGUCAAAUAAGCCCAAAGGCACAAGAACAAAACAGUACUGAACAAAACACACAGUCAAGCCAAUGGCUCAUAUAUCCUGGCUUUAUAUUAGUUAUAACAAUUCUACUGAUGAAAGGUGGUGGCGUAAGCCAUUGGAUCACUAAUUUAAAAGUCGUCCAAGAUAUAUUCCGUUUCUUCGGAAUUGGUGCAAAGAAGCCGAAAAGCAACACCUCUAGUAAUUCAGCAAAACAGACGAGAUCACAGCCGUAUGAGAAUGUGCGUGGAAAAAUGCUAAAUACAUGCGUUAUUAAUAGGACAGAAUACGAUCAGAAUUUUGAUUUAGCAAAACAGCUCGCUAACGAGGGUGCAAUACUUACGUAUGAUGAUAUACCAUGGCCAAAUAAAAAUGGCAGAGACGGCGACUGUGAUAUACUGUUUGAGGGCAUGGAUAUAACAAGUACAGAAUAUAAGGAAAGGGUGCGCAAAGAAAGGUUUCGGUGGCACCCAGAUAAAUUUGCUCACAUGUUUGGGAAUAGUUUAAAACCUGAGGAUGAAGAUGCUAUUAUGACACGUGUGAAUGAUAUAUCACAGAAUAUUAAUGAAUUAAUAGAAAUGGACAAAGAUAUGUCAUAUGAUUAGAUUAAACACUUUAUUCAUUUUAUAGUUGUAAAUUACACAAUUCGUAUACAUAUAAGUUACAAACAAUAUUGAGUAGAAGGCGUUUAGCUUGUUAAAAAAAAUAAUUCCUGAAAUAUUUCAUAUUACUGAUAAAACUUUUUAUCAUGUCAUGAUCAUUAUAUUCAUUUCUAAUUUGUCACAAAUUGCGGGGAGUUUAUGUCUAAAAUACAACAUAAAAUAAACAUUUACUCUUCAAAAAAAAUAAUCCAUACAAACGUUGAAACCAACAAAAUUACGUCUUAUUAUAAAAUUAUUUUACGUUGGUUCGCAAAAGGACCAAGGAAUAUGAAAGGAAUUUUGUUUAGUCCAUAGAAUACACAAUCUAAAACGUAAUUUUCGUGAUAAACCGUGACUAGACAAGGAUAGUGCAGAAUGUGAAUGGAAUGCCAUAUUCUGUCUUAUGGGGUAUAUCAAUUGCUCACACUGUAAGACAUACGUACGCAGGCGAAAGCUCUGUCGGAAUCUGUACAUGCUCAAAAGUAUAUGGUAAUACAGACUACGAAUGGAUUAGUUGAAUAUGCAUAUACAGACAUAUGGCCUCCAACACGUUUUCUGAAAUCAUAUGUAGAUGAACUUCUCUCUAGUUUCUUGGUAAAUUGGUGAAUCUCUCAAUACAACAAGGUGUUUUUCCUGUGAAAUACAAACAAGUAGUUGUAAGACCUCUUCUUAAAAUAGCCGGUCUUGAACUAGAGCUCUCUAAUUAUCGUCCUGUCAGUAAUUUAUCAUUUUUAUCAAAACUUAUUGAGAAAGCUGUUCUUUACAGAUUAAACAAAUAUGUAAAUCAAAACAGUCUUUUGCCUAAGAACCAGUCUGCAUACAGGAAAUACCAUUCCUUUGAAUCUGCGCUACUUCGGUUAGUCAAUGAUCUUCUAAGUGGCAUGGAGAAAAAGGAAGUCACAACCCUUAUUGCGAUUGACUUAAGUGCGGCAUUUGACACUGUCGACCACGACAUUCUUCUAGAUGUCCUAAAAGCACAAAAUGGCGUCUGAGAUACAGCUUUUCAAUGGGUAGACUCCUUCUUAAGGCCUCGUACUUGUAAGAUUGAAAUCAACAAUUUAUAUUCAUCAGACCGCCAUCUUGAAUGCAGUGUGCCCAAGGACAGUUGCCUUGGUCCUUGGCUGUAUCUCACCUAUGCUGGAACUCUUUUUGAUGUCAUUCCAAAAUUCAUGUCAGUCUACGGUUUUGCUGAUGAUCAUAUAGGAAAUAAAAGCUUUCGUCUUACAUCUGUUUCCGUAGAAUCACAAGCGAUCGGACACCUUGAAAGGUGCGCCAUUCAAUGUCUGAAUGCAUAGAAACAAACUGAAAAUGAACACUUCCAAAACUGAAUUUAUUAUGUUUGGUAGCAGACCUCAAUUGAACAAAUGUUUUACAAAUUCCAUUAACAUUGCUGGUGAUGAUGUCAAACAUGAAAGCACAAUUAGAUAGUUCGGUGCAUUUCUUGACAAAACCUUGAACUUUAAAGAUCAUGUAAAUCACAAAUGUCGUACAACCUUGUUGAAUUACCUACGAAUUAAGAACAUCCGAAAAUACUU